CAUCACUAGUAGAAUCCUAGCAAACAGCAAUUUUCGUGCAGAAACAAAGUAAAACAUUUGCGUAAACAAAAAACGACAAAAUAGUGCAUCCUGUGUAUUGGUUGAUAGAAAGGUUGGCCAUAAUGGGUUCGCGUUCACGUAGUCACAGUCCAUCGACGAAGCGUCGCCACCACAAGAGCAAACACAAAAAACGCAGCAAAAGUAAGUCACACAAUCGGGACAGGGAGAGAGAUAGGGAACGUGAGCGCAGCAGCUGCACUAGAAGCAGCCGCAUGGACCGAGACAAAUCAAUAGAACUUUGCCAUAGUCGGCGAGACCGCGAUAGACAUCGCAGUGAUAGGCAUACACACUCAAAGUCCCGCAAGCGCUCCACUUCAACGAGUAGUGAUAGUCUCUACUCGGAUCACGAGUCACAUCGCAGCAGGCACAAGCGCACACACUUCAUGAAGCUGGAUGAGCAAAACUUAAUGCAGGUAGAGCGUCUGGCCGAAAUGGAACGGCAGCGUCGUCAGAGAGAAGCAGAACAGAAAACAAUUGAGGAACAGGCUGCCAAACGCAUUGAAAUGCUAGUGAAAAAACGCGUGGAAGAGGAGCUAGAAAAGCGGCGCGAAGAGAUAGAACAGGAGGUGAAUCGUCGCGUUGAAACUGCCAAAGCUGAAAUGGAGCGCGACAUGAUGCUGGAGCUGGAAAAGCGACGAGAGCAAAUACGAGAAGAAGAACAGCGUCGCGAGGAGGAGGAGAAACAAAAACGCGAAGAGCUCGAAGAAAUUUUGGCCGAAAAUAAUCGCAAAAUCGAAGAGGCACAAAGAAAAUUGGCCGAAGAACGCUUAGCCAUUAUUGAAGAGCAGCGUUUGAUGGAUGAGGAGCGACAGCGUAUGCGUAAGGAACAAGAAAAGCGUGUUAAGGAGGAACAGAAAGUCAUAUUGGGGAAAAACAAUUCUAGACCCAAGCUAUCGUUCUCCCUGAAGCCUGGCGCCUUAUAACGAGCCAUUGCCAUUGUCAUUGCAGUUUGAUCUAGGGGCACUGCAGUCCCCUUUUACUUGUUAAUAGCUUUUGCUUUUUUUGUUCAUCCCAAUUUUCCCAAUUGCUUGCACUUAUGACCAUUGCAUAGGCUUUUAUGAUUUAUUGAAUUUGUUUUAUUGUUUUUUAAACGGAAGCCUGUGCAAGAGGUUUGACUGCAAGCAAAGUAUUAUUAGGUUGACCUAUGUUUUCAGCAUAUACAAACUUAAAUACGACAAAAAUAUGUUAGUUUUUAUUCAGAUUUCAAUGCCCAGCCUUUUCAUCAAUAUUAUGCAGCUCUUAUAGUACAAUAUGCAAGCAAUUAAAUCAGUUUUCUUCAUAUAUCUAUAGUCAAAAGAUUUCUGUAAUGCGUCAAAAUGUAAAGACCGAAAAGAAAUCUAGAAAAUGUAUCAACUCAACCUUUUGAAAAUGCUAGAAUAUCAUAAACUAAAUGAAAAUUAAUAAAGC